AUGCAGAAGGACACUGGCCCACUAAUGACUUUACGUUGGUUUGGCUUUGGCUAUGUAGCAUUGGUUGCUUCUGGUGGGAUAAUUGGCUAUGCAAAAGCAGCUACAUCUGGGAUCUUGGCUGGCAUUAUGGGAAUAAGAUUCUAUCACUCUGGAAAAUUUAUACUUGGAGGUUUAAUUGCAGGUGCCUGUUUCCUGAUGGUCGCCAAAGCUGGAAUUAGUAUGUUGAAUAGACACCCCAUCAGUAGUAAUCAUGUCCCAGCUUAGACUCAUGAAGAAUUAAAAAUCUUCAAACUUCCACUAUUUUAAAUGAAUUAAGAGAAAUGAGUGCAGCAUUUUAACAUAUUGUGACAUUUUACUUAAAAAAAAAAAACAA